AUGGGGAAAGAAAUUGAGCUAGCAGGUGCAGAUGUGGGAUUGGUGAUUCUAUACCAAUCCAGUGAUACGCAUUUUCUCAUGAUAUGGCAAACUACGAAAAUAAAGAAGAGGUUACCUGCCCCAGAACUAGGAGCCAGACAAGGAGGACGAGAGCAAUCCGGGGAACGAGAGGAGUGUGUCAACUGUAGCCCAUACCGCUACGCAAGUUCUGAAAUACAACAGACGCACCCUGACGUUAGCGAACAGACAGAAAGACAGACAGACAGACAGUUUAUUCCGACUUGUGCUGAUGGUUCCGUUACCAUAAGUUCAUCAGCAGCGGCUGUUCCGGAGGGGUCAUCACUGACAUUAACAUGCACGUAUACUGGAAAUGAUCAGCUAUUUGUAAUAAAAUGGACAAACAAUGGAAACAAUUUGGAACAUAAAUAUGAUAUAAUUAUCAGCCAACCUGAACCAUGUUCAAUAUUUGGAAAACCUGGUCUCAACGAAACUCUCUUCACCUACACCUGUCUCACGCUGACCUUUUUGAAUGUGACACGGGAUUAUCAGAACGACAACUUUACGUGUCAAGCAAAUUUAAAUUUAAACAGUGGUAAUAGUGUUAUCGUCAGUGUGUCAGUGCCAAUAUCAACAGUAGUUUUGAUAUCACCGACAUAUUCAAAUGCCACUGUCAACGCGGGCUCAUCGAAGAAUUUCACGUGUUGUACAUCCGGGGGUCUUCCACAACCAACUGUGGAGUGGUAUAAGACUUCUAGUAGCAGCUGCACCAGGAAUGGCGUCAAGAUAAUAAAUUCCAUAUCCAGUUCACCGUCUGAAAGCAAUGGUCUUAUACAGGUGGAAAGUACACUGUUGUUCACAGCAUCCAGUUUGGAUAAUAAUCUCUGGAUUUGCUGCGCGGCAAGUAAUACCAACUCUCAGUGGAAACUGUCAGGAACGAAGCUUCUAGACGUAAGAUAUCCUCCACCUAAUCCGCCAGUGAUUGACGACUUCAACACAAUAACGGACUACCAGAUGAUAGAGAAUAGCACCGAACGGCUGACAUGUAGGAGUACUGGUGGAAAUCCUCUCGCCAGCCUUACGUGGAGCUGUUACAAUGGCAUCGAGUCUAACCCUAACUUUAACGGCGGUUCAGUCAGUCGUACUGUACAGUUCACAGCGCGGCGUAACCAAGACAACACGUGUACGUGUACUGCCACACAUGAGGCGGGACCGUUGCAACAGGCUAUAUUAAACGUCAAUAUUAUGUAUCCCCCUUCAACACCGGAAUUCAAAGUGGACGGUACACCAGUGGGCACCGCGAUUAGCAUAACUAAAGACAGUGCUCAGACGGUGACGUGUCACAGUUUUGGAAAACCUAAUCCAUCUACAAAUGAUUUCAUUUGGACAAAAGGAAGUUCCGUUGUUAGUUUAAACUCAGUUUUAAACUGGACCGGUGGAAUCAGAAUUCAGGAUGGAGGCAGUUUCAAAUGUAUAGUUACAACAACGAUGACACCUUCGGAUUCCAGCAAAACUCCAACUACAACAGAGGUAUCUUCUGAUGUCAUCAUGGAUGUACUAUACGCCCCGUCCACACCAGAAAUACGAAUGCACACUUUGAGUGGAGACGUGAUAACGGACCAGAUCAUGGUUGUGACUAACAGGCAGUUUGAGUUGGCGUGCCAGGCGACAGCUCAUCCAACCGCAAGUUACAGUUGGACAGGCGGCAUUCGAACAGAGCACACACAGAUUCUACAGGACACCAUUACCACAAAGAUAAACACGUCAAGGACUUGUUUAGCCCAUAACGUGCUGAAACCGUCCGUCGGAUUUGAGCAGACCCCAUCCUCGUCAGCUUCAAUAGGCGUGUAUAUUAAUUAUCCACCCGGGCCUGUCACUGUACGGCACACAAUAGGAAAUGGUAACAUAGUUUUAUCGAAAUUCAACAUCAUGGAAAGAGCAAACUUAAAGUUAUUUUGCGAUAGUCAAAGCAAUCCAUCAUCAGCAUUUUCCUGGAUUGGAUCGAACAUAUUGCAGACUGGAAGUGUACUUCUCCGCAAUAAUAUAAGCAGAUCGGAGAAGGGUCAUUUGUCGUGUACGGCUAGAAAUACAAUGACGCAUAUGGACCAGCUUAUGGAAGGAGUCUCGUCUGCAAAUAUGACACUCAACGUUCUCUAUUCGCCACGAUUGCAUGAACUUCACAGGCUAAACGCCAUGGAAUGUGAACAUUUAACUCUGAAAUGUGAAUACGAGCCAGGAAACCCAACAGAAACAACAGUUGUAAUUGCUCGGUUAAGCGACCGGAUUGCCUGGACCGAAAGAACACAUUUUAUUCCAUCACUGAAGAGAAGCGAUGCUGGUAUGUACAGUUGCACAGUUCGUAACGUCAUGAAGCCAACGGGACAACAAAAUGAAAUCGUUGGGGAGGAUACUGGAAUUUUCCAGAUUAACGUAUGGUACAACACUUCUGUUUCCAAGUUUGGUUUAAUCAGUCAUCCUGACGCGAUUAAUGUUACUGUUGAUGAAAACGCAACUCUUAACUUCUUCUGUGAAGUUGACAGUAACCCAAACGCAACCAUUAUAUUUGGAAGAUCGCACAGGCUGCAGGAAAACGUUACUUUAAAAAGGAGUGACGGGUUUCUCCAUUUGGCAUUUGAUGUGCAACAAGCUGGCUGUCUUGAUACAGCAAGCUACUAUUGUCUUGGGUAUAACAACUACACAGAGAUUGAGACGGCACCAAAGAAACAAAUGAACGUUUAUGUUCGGUGUUCACCAAGAGCAUCAGGAUAUCAAUGGGAAAGCAAUGUUACAGGGGCUACUGGUAGCAAUGCAACGUUUUCAUUUGAAGUAGUGGCAUAUCCUGUUCCAAACAAAGGCGGAUAUGUAUGGCACAAAUGGAAUGGCACAACGUAUUCUCAACUUCACAACAGUGACAAAUACACCGUCAACAAUGCCGGUGUUUCUACAACAUUUACCAUCAUUGCUAUUGAAAAAGAAGAUUUUUCGACCUAUUUGCUAACGGUUUCCAACGGAAUAUAUCCAGACUUCAACAAAAUAUUUUACUUAAGUCCUCAAGAUGUCCCUCUGUGUCCAACUGGUUUAACAUUAUGUGCAACGACAUCGUCUUCAGCUACUAUCGAGUGGAUUAGUCACUUCAAUGGUGGACUGAAGCAAACAUUUAUCGUUUUGUACAAAAUGACUGAACGUUCGGAAUACUUGGUUCUUACGGCAGAUGAGAUUGACCAGAAGAUAAAGUACGAAAUAAUACUAACAGGAUUAAACGACGGAUCGACGUAUGAAGUCAUUUUAUACUCAAGAAACGAAAAAGGAAACUGUAAACAAAACACUUCACUCCAAUUCGACACUGAAGUACUUGUCGAAUCAUCACCUGGAACCACUGGAUCUAUAGUUGGUGGAACAACGGGAGGGAUAGUGGCGGCGAUUAUUCUGGUGAUAGUUGUGGUCUUUGUUUUAAAACGAAAGUACAACUUUGACUGUUUGUGUUCAUUCAGGCUAUCUCGAAAAGAUCUGCAUCAUGAUGCAAACACAGAUAACGGAAUAGAUACGCAAGGAGCUGAUACUCGUGGGUACAACGCAACUCAGACCUAUGAAGACAUUUCCAUGGUAACGGAUAAGUCCCCGUACGCUGCUCUGGAUAAUGGCGACAAUGGCCUCGACAAUGUGCACGUGUACACGCCAUUGGAUGCGCACGGUUCAAAGACACAUGUUUCAUACGAAAAUGUCAUAGAUGAUCCCGUGUACAACAACACAGUGCUGAAUAACCCGAUACAGUCGGUGCUUUAGAUAAGUUUGUGGAAGCUUUAAAGCAUGACGUAAGAAGGAGUGUUAGGGGUGUUGUACUUUUCCUUGCCGAGGAAAUGUUUAAAGUGACACUCUUAUUCAAAAUCAAAACAUACACAUGUAAAACAAACAUAAAUUUUGACUGAUACACCUUUAUAUCCAUUUAGAUAUGUAAUACUAGUAUCCCACCUGGUUAUUACAAGCAUAUAGUGAAUUUUUAUUUAAUAUAAACAUGUUUUGAGAUCUAAGACGAUGGAUUAUAGCUUCCUUCGACGUGUUUUUCGACGUUAUACCCAUUUUUCUUGUAUUUAUUGAUCGUAACUUUUUUGUACUCGCAAGAUGUCAGCUAUUUGUUUGCGUAACUUCCGCCGUUUUUAGGUCAAGAUGUAUGUAUCUGUAACAAUCAUGUAUAUAGGAACUCAUCCUUUUGAUUUGUGUAUGUAUAUAUUAAGAAUCUGAAUGCUUUGUCCAGAGCCUUUCUUUGCAUCAGUAGCGAACAUUUUCAAGAUGGCUGCCAUAAAUAUAUUAAAAUGUUCUUUUGUGUGGCGGUCACAGGAUUGCCACUCAAUUUGUUUGCACCGCCAACGUUUAGGGUCAUCAAUUGUGAUGGUAGCGGCGUUCCGUUAAACUAUGGUUGCUGUGCGAGUAUAAAAGCGACACGAUUUUCGUUAAUAGGCAUUCUGAGUCAAUCAUAUGUUUAGAGCAGAACCACAUUACGUUCGAUAAAGUAAUAAGCUGAUUUUAGCUGAAACAAUAACGAUACUAAAAUUUUAGUACGUCUUGGUAAUUAUAUACUCAGCAAGCAUAUAAUUUAAGUGUUCUUGUAUAAAUUUUACAUUUAGUCGUAUUUUUACAACAGUUCCGUUUGGACGAUAAGUUAGUUCCGUAUUCCUUAUUCCUUUUUCGAAUAAGUAAUAGGGAACUAGUUCCUUAUUCCUUAUUCAAAAUAAAUACGUUUUUUUUUCAAAUUACUAUGUAGAAAAGGUCAGCAUUAAAAGAUUACAGAAGUGCAUUGUCUAUUCAAGAGAGUUUUAGUGCUUAAAGUGCUAUAAAUACUAUCCAAAUUCCGAGAAACAGAAUUUACGCAAAAUACUCAAUUUGAAAGGGUUUCAUAUGAUAAUGUUGACGAAAUAUCAAUUGUACAUUGAUCUUAUCAAAUAUUUUGAAUAAAUACGUCGUCUUAUUUAGCAGGAUUGAGUGUUCCAAGUACUUUAUAAUGCACACUAAGUCGAAUAAGGAAUACAGAAAUAGUUCCAUAUUCCUUAUUCAAACUCGAAUAAGAAACAGAAACUGUGAACUUUUGAAGUAAAACAUAUUUUGAUCAAAUAACUAUGCACAAGUGGUCUACAUAAAUAGUUUACAGAAAUGCAUUUUCUAUUCAAGAGAGUCUUAGUGCUAAAAGUGCUUUAAAAUACGAAUAAGGAACAGAAUUUACGAAAAAAAAAAUGAAUUGCAAAAUGCUUCAUAUGCUUAUUUUUUGAAGAAAUAUCAAUUGCACAUUGAUCUAAAACUCUCUUGAAUGGACAAUGCAUUUCUGUAAACCUUUUAUGUAGACCACUUCUGCAUAGUAAUUUGAUCAAAAUGUUUCUUACUUCAAAAGUUGAAAACUCACCGUUUCUGUUCCUUAUUCGAUUUUGAAUAAGGACUAGGGAACUAGUUCCUUAUUCCUUAUUCGACUAAUUGUGCUUUAUAAAGUAAUUGAAACUCUCCAUUCCUUUAAAAAAGUUAAUGCAUUUAUUUAAAUUGUUAAAUAAGAUCAAUUUUUUAUAUUUUCGUAAAAAAACGAGCAAAUUAAGCAUUUUGAAAUUGAGUAUUUUUCGUAAAUUCUGUUAAUUAUUCUGAUUUUGGAGCGUUUUUAAAGCACUUGAAGCACUAAAACUCUCUUGAAUAGACAAUGCAUUUCUGUAAACAUUUAUGUAGACCAAUUCUGCAUAGUUAUUUGAAAAAAAUAUGUAUUACUUAAAAAGUUUUUAUUCCUUAUUCGAGUUUGAAAAAGGAAUAGGGAACUUAUUCGAUUUUUUCUAUUUUCGUUCAUUAUUUUAUUCAUGAAGUUGUUUAAUUGUUAUGAAAUUACGACACACAUAACAAAGAAGUGAUUAUAUGCAUAUCUAUAAUUAUUUAUUUUGAUUAAGGAAUAAUGGACUAGUUCCCUAUUUCUUAUUCGUAAAAGGAAUAAGGAAUAAGGGACUAAUUAAUUGUCCAUCCGUUAUGGUAGCAUUGAUAUAUAGCACUUACAGAACAUACAUGUAUUGAAGAUAACAAGGAUAUAUAAAAAUUAGUACAUUAUACAUUAUUAUGAUUUUUAUGUAUAAUUAUUAUUACUGUAUGAUCGUUUGUACUCAGUUUGUCUGUUGUUGUACCUUAAUAGAAUAAAACUGUUA